AUGGCUGCCGUAGAGUUGGCCAACAACGAUUUCAAGCUCGGACGAGUCCUCCAAUUGGGUAGUUUCCGAUGUGAGAUCGAGAAACUUAUCUAUUCGGGGCCUUUCUCUCAAGUUUUUGAGAUCUCUGUGCCAACACUAAAACCGAAGUUCGUUCUCAAAAUUUCGAAUGAGAACAGAUUCAUUAGAAGAGAAAUUAGAGCUUUACAAAUGCUUAGUAAUGUGGAUGGUUUCCCGCAAUUGUAUUUCGCCGGACAAACCGAAGACUAUUCGUUCUCAGUGAUGAACUUAUUUGGGCGUUCGCUCCAAUCGUUCUUGGAUUCAAGUCGGUCUGCGAAAUUUAGCAUGGGCACAAGCUUGAAAAUUGCUCAGCAAACGUUGGGGAGACUGAGAACCUUACAUGACUUUGGGAUUUUGCAUAGGGAUAUCAAGCCGGAUAAUUUUGUUGUUGGGAAUUCUCAAUCUCAUGUUGUUUAUGCAAUUGAUCUGGGAUUCUGUCGACCUUUCAGAAAAAACGACAAAACAAUAAAGGAUCCAAGACGAAAAGGCCCAAUGGUAGGGACUGACUUCUAUGGCUCUUUGGCCGCCAAUGCAGCACAGGAUCAAGGACCAAGGGAUGAACUGGAAAGCUGGCUUUAUAUGAUCAUGUAUAUUUCAUCAAGCUCUUUGCCAUGGGGUGGACUGCCCAGAAAGCAUGUGAUUGAUUAUAAGAUAUCUAUACAUGAAAGACCGGAGCUGUUGGACGAAAAGCAUUCUGAUUUCAAAGAGAUAUUCGAGUUAAUCAUAGCAACCAAAUUCCAAGAAGAGCCUGAUUAUGAUAAGAUCCAGACAAUGCUAUUGGAUCUCAUGGACACAUAUGGCAUAGACCGGAAUGAGAAGUUGGAUUGGAGUGUGGAAGAGCUGGAAGACAAUAACACACAAAGACAGAAAAACUUUAUUAAAUAA